UGAGGUGAGUGCUAGCGCAAUGAACAACACAUUCGGUUGUGUUUAGUGCUUGGUUUCAGAAAAGAAGACCAUUUUUUUUACUGUUGAGAAAAAACAAAACUAACAUUUUCUUUCGUUUACAAAUCUUAUGUCCGUGUACGAACGAGAAUAGGCCACAUUUUUUUCGCUUUUUUUUUCUUCUCUUUUGUUUCGUUGCACUUAAAUUCGGAUAAAACUGGCUAUCGUUCGAUCGGUGUCCGACAAAUAAAUUUUUCGACGGUUUUUACAUCAUAUAUAUUUCUGUUUGUGUCUUUCUCUGUGUUGUAAAAUCGUGUGCCUUGUGUGUUUCUUUUUAUUUCGGAUAUUUUGUUGUCGUCAUCGUCAUCGGUUUGACUAGUUCGUUUUCGUUUGGAAUCUUACGCACGAAAAACAAAACUGUUGCUCAAAUUCAAAUCUCAUUCGGACAUCGACGACAAUCCAUUUGGUGUGUACCGUGCUUUGUGUCCAAUUGUAUACGCCACUUUAAACAACCAUUUACCCAAUUGUGAAACCGACAUAUGUAACAAAACAAAAAAAUUGGCGAAUAACACACAUUUCGCGGAAUUUCAAAAAGAAAUAGACGCGCGCGGUCGCGAUUAAAAUAAAAUCACAUGAACGUCGUAACAACAACAACAACAAUAAUUAUUAAGUAAAUUUCAAUUUUCGUCCAAGUGACAUGUUCGUCAUUGGGGCAAUGUGAUUGCACGUGAAUGGAUCGAUUCGCCGUAAACAAAAGCAAUAAAAUGUUAAACUCAUUGUAAACAAUAACAAUGCAAGCAUGCGACAUUAAGAAGAUGAAAAAAAGCAACAGCAGCAACUUUAGAUUGAAGCACGUAUCGAUUCAUUGACAAACGAUAACAAACAAACAAAAAACCGACUCGUCGCUAGUGAAUUCGUAUGUGUGUGUGUAUAUGCAGUGUUUGUGAUAACCGAAGGACUAAGCGAAAAAAAAAAGUUGUGGAUUUUGCAACUGAACAAAUAAAGUGGCAAAUUUUUUUUUUAGCAGCAACAGCGAACGGUGAGAAAUAUUUGUGUACUGUUUAUGGAUAAUUGUUGCUGCCUUCACGACGUGCGCGCAUCACGCUAUCUUGAAUCACGAGAGAGAGAGAGAGAGAAAUACAAUAAAUUUAAAAUGAAUUUCAUACGCGUGGUAAAUAAACCAUUAACGACAACACCAGCAGCAGAAGCAACAACAACAACAACAGCGGCGGCGGCGGCGACAGCAGCACCAACAUUGUGACAGCGAACAAGAUGUAUGCAACGAAAGUGGGAAAAAUGCGUUCUUCUUUUAAUUCCGUUUCUGACCAAACCCGUACACCCAUGCACAUUACAUACACAAUUCAAUAGAUUGGAAGAGUAAAUGCCGCCGCAUGUAACACGUAAAUGGAGACGAGAAUUUUGUUGUUGAUAAACAGCGUUGAGCGAAAGUUUAGGAAUUUAUCGUGAGCAAAAUACUGGAGAAAAAUCGUCAAUUGAUUUACAACAAGUGAUCAAAUCUACGAAUUUUUGUGUAUUGUGUGUGUUUACAGAGAGUCGUCACAUCGAAUAUAAUUUACCCGAUUGCAUCGCAUUAAUUCAAUGCCCAGAAUCGAUGUGAACGGUGUCGAUUGUCGGAAUGACAAAAUUCCAUCGAAAGGUUUCAUCAAAACAUUGAAUGGGAUUUUGGACAAAAGUCCACGGAAUUCGUAUCAAAAUUUGGAAAUUGCCGCCGAAUCAUCGACGACAGAAGGACGAUAUCAUUCGCCAAAAGUGUUUGCCGCCGAUUCAAUAACCGUUAAUGCACCGGCAAAAGAUGUGCUUGGCCCAAAAUUCGAUAAUUUUUCGCGAAAUCUGAUGCAAACGAUCGCAAUGCCGGCCGAAAGUACAGUAUUGACAAAGAUCAAUGGAACAACGAUGGCGAAUGGCAGUGCCAACGGUCAUUUGGUGAAUGGUAUAAAUGGUAAUGGUGGCCUGCCAAAAUUACAACCAUUAUCCGCGUGCUAUGAUCGUUAUCCAAAGCCCGGUUCAUACGGUAGCCUACAGGUGUACCCAAUGAAUGGUAUCAAUUCGGAGAUAAACAAUGCCAAAGAGAAUUUUUGUGACAAUCAACCCAUUGAGGAUGAAAUCACAAGAGGCGAACAAGAUCGAUUGGAGGAGAUAUUGAAAAUGUGCGCCGAUUUUGAGCGACAAAAUCAAAAUGUACAAUCAUCACCGAUCGUACAGAAUCGUAUCAAAACCAAUGGUUCAUUGCCACGAGAGAAAAAGUCACCGCUUAGUCCUGAGCAUAUCGGCGGAGGAACGGUCAAUGUCUUUUUUCCGCCCAGCCCAGGCGAUUUUCGUCAAGUCAAUGCUAAUCAACCAUCUUCACCUCAUACACCGCACAAAUCAAAUACCGGCUAUGAAAAUGUGAAACUAUUUGCCGGCCGUAAAACCGAACUCUCUUCGUCAUCUAGUCGAUUCGCCGAGAAUAAAUCGGAAUUGAGUCCAUUGCAUUUGACCAAUGGCAAUUCAAUGAAUGGCUAUGAAAAUGUCAUGUCACCGAUUAAAUCGCCCGUUGGUUAUGUGCCACAGAGCCCAAGAACACGGAUCAAAACCUGUUGUAUGUCACCAAAAAAGGAGCUCACAUCCACUCCAAUUCAACGUAAGACUGAUUAUGAUCUUCUGGUUCAAUCAUUUGAGGAAAAAUUGCGCAGUGAAAUCCAACAGUUACGUGACAACAAUCGCAGUAUUGACAACCAAAUUAGUCAGAAUACGCGACAAAUCAACCAAAAACAUGAACCAGCACCAAUACCACCACCAAAACCACGGCCACAACUGCAGCAGUCGCAGUCACAGUCGCAGUCACAGUCACAGUCACAGCCACAGCCACAACCGUCACAACAAAAUCAAAUGGCAACGGCUAACCACACACAACAUCAAUACGUCAAUGUGAAUGCAAACCGAUCGACGAAUUUACAAGAGGGCAUCUAUGGCUCGCUCACCAAUAAACACAAAAGCAAUAACCAUUUAACCGUAAAUAUUAAGAAAAACUUAGACGACAAACAAAUUACUCAACUGAAGAAACAACAAGUUGAUGUUGUGCGAAAGGCACGUGAGCUCAAGCAACAAAUUGCCGAACUGCAACGGCAAGAGGAAGAGGUUUUGAGAGAGUUGGAUUUGGAAAAGGCUCUGGUUUCGGCCGAAUUAUCAACCGAACAAACGCAGCUCAUUGAGAUGGAUAAGAAUUUGGCUGCACUACAAGCCAAAAUUCACCGGUUAGAAGCACAACGGAAUGCAAAUCGUGUUUUACAAGAGACACAGCAAAAUAAAUUAAAGCAAUCGAUUGACAUGAAACAGAAUCAAGUCGAAGGAUUGAAGAAGCUAAUAACGGAGAAUGACGCCGACACCGACUUAAAAGACGAUUUAAACGCAACGAUUGAGCUGCUGGAGAAUGAUACAAAAACGUUUGAGGAUCUAGAAUUUCAGUAUUUGGAGGAGGAAACGGAAUGGUUGGCCUACCGUGAGGAUUUGCACACUGAGCAAAAGACUUUAACGCGGCGAAUCAGUGAGAAGCGAAAGCAUAUUCAGGCCUUAGAAAUGCAGGGUAUUGAUAAUCAGAAUGCAGCAUGUGCUGAUACGAAAAAUAUCGAAAAAGAUUUGCGAUCGAUGUUGCGUGAGCUGGAAAAGUAUCGCGAAGAGUUGAAAACGAUCGAUGUUCUGCUGUACGAAUUGUCUGGGGAAAAGAAUACACAAUCCGAUUCGGACGAAGAUUUGUCGGUUGCGAUUCCUGCAGCAAAACGCCCAACCAAUGACAUCAUGUCACAGUCUCUGUUCGGGUCUCAGGAGAUUUUCGGCACAAAAAAGCCGCCCGCAAACGAUUUAAUGUCGAAAAGUGUCAAUGAGAAUUUAUUUUCAAAUAAAAUCGAAACACUAUCAUCAUUCACCGAUCAGCCACUGGCCAAAGCCGAAAAAGAGAGUGACACACACUAUGAAAAUAUCUACGACGUUGAAAACCGGAACAGCGUUUCAUCGGAAAAAUCAAAUAAAUCAUCGUUGGAUCAGCGAAUUAGUGAAAGUGCACCAGAGAUCGAAAGUGAACCGGUCACACCAAGCGAUAGCAGUCCAAAGGCUGAUGAAGAAAUGUCAGAUCCACUACAAAAGUUAAAAUAUAAUUUAUCACCACCAUUCGAUCAUAAAGUACCAAAACAGUCAACGGAUCCGAAUGCAAAGCAGACAAAUUUAAAUCUAUCCAUCGAAAGUGAUGAUUUCGAGGUGAAUCCAUUGGAGAAACGUGUUCCAUCGCAGGAUGAUAUCGAUCGAAUUUGCAAGGUUACCACCAAUGCGCCGAUCUCAACGCAGGGUGCCAGUUUUAAAGUGAUCGAAAGUAUUAAGGAAAUCGAACGAAAUCGUCAACUGUUGCUCACCCAACAAGGUUCCCAUGUGAUCGAGCAUGAACGGCAGAAAAUGAGCGAAUUGAAGAAAAAAAGCCAUGACGAGGCUCGUGCACAAUACCUUCAACUGCAAAACUAUAACGAAGACAGAUACAAAAAUGGUUCCGUGGAUAAUGUAAACAAUAUAAAAUGUGAUGCGGAGAGAAAGGCUGAAACAAAUGGAAAACCAUCAAAUUACGCCGUGGCUCAGCUCCGUGAAAAUGUUCUCCAUAGUCCGCGUCAUUCACAUCCAGAAUUUGAAUAUGAGCGACCGUUGUCCGAAGUCAAUUCAGAGAUUAGCUACGAUGCGCUGUCCGACAAGCAUUUCAAAUCGUCGAAUGACAUUCGCAUGUUGAAUAAUCGCAUGGUUGAUUAUGAUGGCAGCGGCGGUAGCCAACGUGGCAGCAUGAUGUCCAGCGAGAACAGCGAAUCAGGACGUAUGAUUUCAGGCACCAGACGCAAUUUACCAAAGCAUCAACGACCAUUGACACGCUAUUUACCCAUCAUGUCCGCCGAUUUGGAUCUUCGGCUACACAUCGAAAGUGCCGGCCAUCAAGUCACACUCUGCCCACAUGUCAUUAUCGAUUCGUUCAGCUGUCGCGGAUAUCUUCACAAACUCGGUGCCACAUUCCACGGUUGGUCCAAGCGAUGGUUCGUUCUCGAUCGACAGAAAAUGGCACUCAUUUACUAUUCAGACAAAUCGGAACGAAAACCCAGAGGUGGAGCAUACUUUUCGACCAUCGAUGAAGUGUAUUUGGAUCACUUGAACACAUCAAAAAGUGGUCGGCCUCAUUGUACGUUGAUUGUGAAAACAAAACGGCGAAGCUAUCAUUUGCAGGCCGCAUCAGAUGCGGCUGCACGGAUUUGGAUCGAUGCGAUUAUCACCGGCGCUCAAGGAAAUAUUGAUUACUAAAUUAUUCGGCAUACUACACACAAAUUGAUCCGUUUUGGCAUCAUAUAUAAAAGCCAUCACCCAACAAUUUCAAUAUAAGAAUGCAGUCAAGCAUAAGUCAAGCUGCUUCAAUUCUAUGUAUUAACGCUGCCAAUUGUAAUUUUGCUACCAAAUUUAUGUUUUUCCCCACUGAAAAUCUGCUGCAUCUUUUUCAAAGUUCAAUUGAAUGUGUCGGAACAAAUAAACAAUUCAAUUAUUUUUCGCACUUAUUGAAUUCUAUCCGCGACGUUUUGAUUUUUUCGAACGAAAAGAAUGGCGUGAAUCAAUGAAAAGAGUAAAAACUUGCAUGUAUUUGUAAAUAUUAUGUUGCUACCCAUUGAGUUAGUUGUAUCCAUCACAUCGAAAGCGACGGAUGUGUUUUUAAAAUGAAAGAAGGAAAAAAAAAUAAGAAUAGAAUUCAAUGCUAGUGUUUAGUGUCAAUUUUAAAUCCAAUUUGUUUGAAUGUUUCUCUCUUUCCGAAUCGAAAUUGAAUAAACAACGUUCCUAAAUCCAAAUGAUAGACCAA